CGGCGUCACAACAUACGUAUUAAACAGGUCGGGAUACUCCAAUAAGAUUUCACUUGAUAAAUUUAUUUUUAAGAGAUUUAAGAGAUGCUAAGUUCUCGGUACUACAGCGCGUCCCGACUGGGCACCGACGCAAAACCUCGUACGGCCAUCAUUGUUGAUGAAGAUGACGAACUUUAUUCCGGGUUUAAUGAAGUGGCUCCGGCCCUGGACACGCGGAACCUGAGGGAAGACGAAACGUUCCAGGAAACUUUGAGAACGGCUGGGAUCGGGAGAAAGUUACCCAGCCGUACGGGCACUGGGAUGGUGCGGCUUGGCACGGUAAGCAUGCGAGACGUGGGUUCGAGGUCCGGUACAUCAGCACGUCCCGUGACCGCACUGCGCGCUGCUGGGUACACCUCGGCGUCACGCGAUCGACCCAUGCCCACUCAACAUUUGGAAGACAGCGUCGAAGAUCGCGUUAAGCAAAUGGAAGCACGAAUCAUGGCAUUGGUGGAGGAGUCUUGUUUACUGAGCGCCCGACCAGAUCCUGAUGAUGAUAGUACUACUAGAAAAGAACAUGACUUGGGCCAGGCACUUGCAAAGGCUCAAGAGGCGUCCACGAUGGAACGACAGCUUAUUCGCAUGCAAGAACAAGCGAACUUGGGUGACACUCACAACUUGGAUUUGACUUUUGCUGUGCUUUGUAACUUGGCGGAUCAGUACGCACUGAACGAGAUGUACACUGAAGCACUGAACACGUAUCAGUUGCUGACUAGAAACAAGUUGUUUCCGCAUGCUAACCGACUCAAGGUGAACAUGGGAAAUAUUUAUUUUAAAAUGGGAGAACAUCCGAAAGCUUUGAAGCUUUAUAGGAUGGCACUAGAUCAAACGCCGACAGCCGAAAAGGAUUUGAGAAUGAAAGUAAUGCAUAACAUUGGUCUCCUCUUGGUUCGUAUGGGAAAAUUUCGGGAUGCUGUAACAAAUUUUCAGCACAUAAUGCACGAACAAGGUGAUUUUCAAACAGGUCUACACCUGGUUUUAUGCUCUGUGGCACUCAGUGACGCAGAAGGAGGGAAAGCUGCUUUCCAUGCAAUGCUGGAUGUCGAACCGCCGACUUACCACCAGGACAUUCCUAUUGAUGACGAGAAAGAUACUUACGAGUGCGUUGUCCGCGACGUGUCACGCGGAGAUAAACUGUCUCGCUGGUCUCGGCGCGCGGCCGCUGAAGCUGAACGAUGUCUGGCACUGGCCGCUGCGGUCCUCACACCCACAGCGGGGACGGACGAUGAUUCAGGCACUGGCAUGUCGUGGUGUGUGGAGGCGUUGCGCGGGUACAGCGGUGCGGGGGGCGCGGGCGGCGCGGCGGGGGGGCGGCUGGAGCUUGGCGCGGCGCUCUCGUCCCUGCGCGCCUCCCGCACCGCCCGCUCCGGGCUCGCCGUACUGCAGCGACUAAAGGCCGUUGCGAAGGCGCACGCUGAGGACCGAGUGCUACGAGCCGAGGCCAAUGCUGAUGCAGCCUUCGUUGCCUACGCCCUGGGCAAUUGGAGCGAGGCUCGUUCACUAUCAGAGUCGGCGUCUCGUGACGAUCCGUACUCGUGCGCGGCGCGCGUGACGCUCGCGCUGUCGUCGCUGCAAGCGUCGCUGUCGGAGGACGCGGCGCCGGAGCUGGCGUGGCGGGAAGCAGCCGAAACCCUCACGGCGGCCACACACCUCGACCCGGCCGACCUUAUCGCUGCACAUGAUUUAGCUCUGUGCCUGGAGAAAACAGCGGGUCAGGAGGGCUUGUCGGUAGCGGCGGCGCGCUGGUCGCGGGUGCGUGCGUGCGGCGCGCCGUCGCACACGCUGCGCCCGCUCGCCGCCGCCGCACUCGCGCGCCUCGCGCUCCGCCACCCCGCCGAUCACGCCGCCGCCGAACACUGGUACAGUCUGAUUGGAAAUUGGGAUGCAGGCGUGACCUCCGCCCUAGCCCAGCUCCACAGCGAGAUGGGCGAUACGCAAACAGCCAAACACCAUUACCAAGACGUAGAAGCAAUAUGGCCGUGCGAUUUAACAGCCCUCGAGUGGCUGGCGGGCGAGUCACCGCCAGAUGUCGCCUUGCAGUACUACAGACGAGCUGCGCGACUAGAGCCGACUAAUCCACAAUGGGGCUUACUGAUGGGCGGCUGCCUCCGAGCCACGGGCCGGUACCAGGAAGCACUCAGCCUGUAUAAGAAAAUGAAUACCCGUUUCCCCGACAAUGUACAAUGUCUGAAAUUAAUAGUGAAAUUGUGCGGAGAUCAAGGUUUAUCUGAGACGAGCACGUGGACGCGAGAGUUACAGCGUGCGCAGGCCAGGCUCAAGCAGCAGGAAAGAGCAUCUGUGAUAUCUGCGGGGAGUGGAUCGUCCAGAGCGAGUCUGUCACCAGUCGACUUAAGAGCAAUAUCUCGAGUUAACAGUGCGGCAACUCAACCUCCGCCUACCGCUUCUCAACCCUCUGGUGAAGGACGCAAAGGCAGUGAUGUCCAAAGUUAUAAGUAUACUGAAAGUUUUAGUUUUCGAGAUGGUUUACAGCCUUCGAAUCGAUCGCGCACUAGUGCGGGUAGAAAGAAAAACGUUGAAGAAUUAGAAGACGAUUUACCGUUACCUCCGGAGUAGUUAGAAACUUUUCACUGCUGUACCUUAAGCAUAUACAUGUGCAACCGAAUAAAUACAAGUCCCUA